AUGCGAAUUCCUUAAGCUUACUAUGAUAGCAUGAUUAAAAGAUAUAAGAAAUCUAAACAAUGUGAUUAAACUGAUUACUCUUGGAUUGAAACAACCAAGAAGUCUUUUGUAGAAAGAAUUUAAGAUUUUGCAUAAUGCAAACAAUUGUAAGAUCCAAAGUAUAUACGAAUCAUUUGUGAAACAAUUGAUGCAAUAUUUGAAGCAGCAGUUGCCUUAUUUCAAGAUCAAGACCAAACUCUUUGUGUUCAAUUGCUAGGUGAAUCUGAUUCUAUUUAAAUAUGGGAUUUGUGUUUAUAGUGCUGUGAUUAUAUAAUCAAGUUUGCAAACCCAAAAAUAAGUAUUUCUAUUUUAAUAAUCUAAAGUUGAUAUGUUUUUUAGUUAUGAGCAUAUUUUGACACUAAUAUUUCAUAAUCCAGAUUAUGAAUUAUAAAAAAUAUAUAAAUUGGUGUAAUGCAUGUAAUAUUUGAUUGAAUCAAUGAAUGGAUCUAAAGCUUGUAAAUUUAAAAGUAUUUAUAUAUAAACUAUAAAUUUUAGUUGAAUAAUUUGAGAGAGUCUUUUUAAGAUUCAUGUAUAUUAAUACAUUUUUAUAAAAGAAUAUUUACAAUUUAUCAGAUUAGGAAUAUUAGGAAUUGUUUUAAUUAUAAACUGAUAAUUACAAUCUUAAAAUAACAAUCCCAAAUGAAGAUAUGAAUAAUUAUUAAAGAUUUUUGGAGAUGAGUAAUUUCAGAAAAAUACUCAAAUCCCCACCUAUAAAUUUAGACAUUCCUUUUGAUUUUACUAAAAAUCCAUUAGAUUAAAGUUUAUAGAUAGGAUCAGAAAUUAAAGUAUAAAAAGAUAGUAUUCUCUUUGAUUAAAUCUUUAUCAGAUUACUUUGUUAAUAUUCUAAUGAUGAACUAUUACUAUAAAAGAUGUUUAUCAGUAAUUAUAUAUUUCAUUUUAAAUGUACUUUUUCUGAUUUACAAUUAUUUAAUCAUAAAUAUAUGACAGAUAUUACUAAUAGAUUAAUAGAUCAAAAAGACUUUUUAUUAUUAUUAAUAAGAAUGAUUGCUAGUAAUAAAGAUGAAUCACUUAAUGAUACUCUAGUAGAAAGUCUUCAAUUUAUUAAAUCAAAGCAAGUAUUAUUAUAUGAACAUAAUACAUUCUUGGAUAAAUUAUGGUUAUUUGAAUUAUAAGGAAUUUAAGAUACAUUAAUUUGGUGGAAAAAAGAACUCUAAAUCAAUGAAGGUAAUUUCUAUGAUAAUAGAAUGAAUUUAAAUGUUAAAUUAUAACAAUUAUUCUUUUAAUCAUUAUCUGAUUAAUAAUUUACAUAGAUGUUCAAGAAAUAACCAAAUUAUACAUAAUGGAAUUACAUUAUCAUUCAAAUUAUAAGAAAAUCUUUUGGAUAAGAUGGACAAACUUAAUUACCAUUCUAUAUAUUAAAUCCAAUAUUAAGUUAUUGUAUUAAUUUGAUCACUGAAUUACCAGGCAAUAAUCAAAAUCAAUAAUUAGAUUAUUAAUUAGAAACUUAAAUUAUUUAAGGAUUAAUAGAAAUUCUUAAAAAUUGUAAUAAAAAAUCAUAAAUUUAAUUAUAAAUUAGAGCAUUUCAAUUAUUAAAUUAAUUAAUUACAUACUAUAAAUUAGAAUUUGAUUAAGUAUAAAUUUAAAAUGCUUAAUCUGAAUUUUUGAUGCCAGUUCCUGAAAGAUAUCACAAAUUGCUUACAGAAAUCUGGUCAAACAAGAUAUUGGAAGAUACACUACACACAGCUGAACUCAAUGAAACAUUAUACACCUAUUUAAUAACCUAAUUAGCAAUAACAAUGGGUGAGAAUCCAGCUAGAGUAAGAUAAUUCUAUGAAAACAAUAGUUUAUAAUAUCUUAUUAAUAGAAUUAUUGAAUUAUUAAAGAUUUGUUCAAGAGCAUCUCCUUUAAUAGUAACAAUAAUAAAUUUAUUGAUUGCAAUAAGUACAAAUGAAUAAGCAAUAUCAUUAACUUUAUAAUCUAAUAACAAUAUUGAUUAAUAAUAAUAAGAUAAUUUGAUUAAGAGAAUAUUUAUUAAGUGUUAUUUACCUUCAAUUGAAUUAUUAAAUGAUCCUUCAGUAAGUGAUGAUUUUGCAAAGAAGAUUAUUAUGUUGUAUAGUUAAAGUAUGUUAGCAAAAAAAUAAAUAGAAAAAGUAAUAGAAAAUACAUUUGUUCAAAUAUCAUAAUUGGUAGAUUUGAGUAAAGAUAAAAUAGAGGAAAUUGUGAGUAAUUAAGAAAAGUUAUAAUCCUUUUAUAGUUAUUCAAAAAGCUUACAAGCCUUAUUAUAAUUAUUCAUGCAAUUACAACCUGAGAAGAAAUCUUCAUAUCGAUCAUUUUAAGGAUAUGAAGAAUUAUAAUUAGAAGAAGCAUAGAGAUAAAAGGAUUUAUUAUUUAAUUCACUUUUGAAGAAUUAAAAAUUUGUAGAAGCAUUAGAAAAGAUAAUAAUGAGUCCGAUACUAAUAGGUAGUAAAAACAAGGAUACUUAUGUUGAACACUAUGUUGGUAUUCUGUGUAAGAAAAACAAGUUAAAUCCUUAUACUUCUUUAUGGAAGGAAUUAGAUCUAAUCUCUUAAAAUUAUAUGGUUAUAGGUGAUUAGAAAAUUAUUGAUAUUGGCAAAUUAGUUGAUUAUGAUGCUUUGUCUAUCCAUAUGAGUGACAAAUAUUUUUUUAGAAAAAUCAUCAAACAUAUAUCUCCUUAAACUUAUAGAGGAUUCUAUAUACUAAGUCGUUUUCACUUGAUUCAUUAUUUAAUUAAGAUGUGUGUGAAUUAGGGUGUAGCUUAAAAUUAAGAUACUCAUCUAAUGAUUUCUUAAUUGUUAGAAAUCUAUUUUUUAUCUUCAUAACAUGCAGGUUUUCAUGAAUCCAUUAUGAUGUUUAUGUCUGCUAAAUAAUAGAUUUAGAAACAUUAAACUAGUUAUGAUGAAGAUACAUAAAUAAGAAGAAGGAUAAGCAAAGAUAAUUUGAUUCCAUUAUAAUCAUCUUGUUUGGAUUUGAUAGGUAAAUUAUAAUAACAAGUUGAAUAAAAAGAUUAUGUAAUUAAGAAAUAUGGAGAAAUAACUUAAUUAUUCUUCCAAAAUUUCUAAGAAAAAUGUUAAUAAAUUAAAUAAGCUUAAGGAAUAUAAAUUAUAUCUCUUGUAACAUAUUUUUAAGAUAUGUUAAAAUCAUUCAAAUUUCUUUAGAAUUUAUUUUUGAGUUUAGAAUAAUAGUAUUAGCCAUUAUAAUUUACAGUAAUCUGUUUUCAAAAUAGUAAUUUCUUUUUAUAAUUGAUUGAGAUUCUAUAACAUUUGGAUAACACAUAAAGACAAUAAUAAUUCAAUGGAACAAAAGAAUAAGAGAUUACUAGAAAGAUUUUACCAGGAUUUAUAGAAGCUAUACAUUAACAUAUAGAUAAUAUUAUUAAAUUAUUAAUUUUUAAGAAGAUUUCUAUUGAUAAGAUAUAAUUGUCUGGAUAAUUAAUUCAAGAUCCUUUAUAAUUAGAUAUAGUAUGCAAUGAACUUUUUGUAUCUUAAGCAUAAAUAAUUAAUUAAAUGAUAGAUUAAUUGCUUUACAAUAAUUGUGAAGGUAAUUUAAAGACUUUAUUGGAAUAAUUAAUAUAGAGGUUUUAUUCAAUCAAAGAUUUAUAAGUCUAGGAAAUGAGAAAGAUAGCUGGAACUGAAACAAAAGAAUAAUAAGUAAUUGGAAAUAAAGAUAAUAAUUAACUAUUAUCAGGAAAUGAAAUACGAUAAGAAUAAAAGAAAUCAUUAUUUGAUAGACCUGAAAUUUAAGCAAUGAUUGAUGAUAUAUGUGAUAUGGGAUUCAAAUAAUCAUUAAUCAAAAAAGCUUUAUAAAGAAUUGAAAUUCCUGAACCUACAAUGAUCAUUGAUAUGUUAAUAAAUGAAAGGAUUUCUGAUGAUGAAGAAGAGUAGGAAGAUGUUUUAGAUUAAGAAAUAAAGAUGGCUGAAUAAAAUCAAUUAAUUUAAGAUUAAUUAGCUUAAUAAAUAUAAAAAAUAGAGAGUCAAAUAGAAAAAGAGUAAAUUAAAAAUGAAAUCUAAGUCUUAGAUUAAGAUUAAUUCAUGAAAAUAUUAUAAUAAAAUUUCCCAUAAGCAAAUACUUAAUUAAAUAUAUUGGAAAGGUUUUUAACAUUAAUAAAUGAUUUUUAAGUUAAAUUAGAUUCUAAUCUUAAUAAAAUAUUAGAUUAAUAAUUAAACAAUCAAAAAUUAAGUGGUAAUUUAUUAGAAUACUUAUUUACAAUUGCCAAAAAAUCAUAACAUAUAAAUAAGAUUUUAGAUUAUAUAUUUAUGAUAUUAAAUCCUUUAAAAAAAGAAAAAUCAUCUUAAGAUUUAAAUACAACUAUGAUACAAUAUUAAAAAGCAUUAUAAUGGCUUAACAUAUUAUAAUAGAUUGCUCCUUAGGAACAUGAAAAAUUAUAUUAAAAUUUAGCUUUAAUAGAUUAAGAACCAUAAUAAAAAUAUGUUUUAUCAUUUUAAUCCAUGAUUACAUUAGGUUUUGCUUUGUCUAAUGAUAUUUUUGAUCAAUUUAAAAAGAAUGGAGAUAUAGAACUAUAAUAAUUAAAAUAACUAAAAAUAUCUGAAUUACCUUACUAAGAAAUUUUAAUUUAAGCAUAAAAUAUUACUAAUAAUCUUAAUAAUUUAUAUGAAAACAAAUAAAAUACAAUUAAAUUAUUCUGUAAAGAAAUUUUAGAGGCAUAAAAAUAUCUUACUAAGUUUUUCUUGAAUUUAUAAAACAAACAUGAUUAAUUAAUUGAAAGAUAUUGGAGUUAGAUGCUAAUCUAUUUAGAAUUUUUGAUAUAAAUUUGUACAAUCAAUUUAGAAUUGUAAGAAUAAACAUAAUAAACUUUUAAUUUCCUUGAUGAAUUGGACACAUUUAUUAAUGAUACUUAAUCAUUGAAAGAAUAAAGAGAUUAAUCUCAAAAUAUUAUUUAUUUUAGAUAAUUAAUUUAAAGAAGAUUUAUGUUUGAUAAAUAAUUAAUAUCAUAAUUAUUACAAUGUUUAAAUAAUUUUGGAUUGCAUAAUUAAAACAAGUUAUUUAAUAUGUUAAUCAAAAAAACAUCAAAUAAUAAAUAAUCAUUAUUGGAGACAUUAUUAUAAUUAAAAAUUUAAACUAGUCAUUUAGAAUAAGAAGAAUCUUAACCAGUAUUUCUUGAAAACUUAAUAUAUCUUGUUGCCAUAGAUAGCAAAACAACUAAUGAUUUAAUUUUCUAAAUUUUGAAAUAAGUGAUGCUAAAUGAACAUAUAGAUUGGCAUGCUUAAUAAUUAAAGAAUAUUGAUGAUCUAAAAUAAUUACAAUUCCCAUAAAAAUUUAUAGAAUGUCCAUUACAAUACUUGUUAUCGUUUCAUCCUGUAUUAGUUAACAAUCCUAUUAUCUAUAAUAUGAUAAUUGAACAAUAAGGUUUAUCUAUUACUGAUAAGUUCUCAGAAUUAAAUAGGAUUCACGCCCCAAAAUAAUCAUAACCUUUGCCAACAGGUAAAUUAACAAAAGAAUAAGAGAAAUUAUCGAAAGAGAAAGAAAAAGAAUAGUAAGCUCAACCAUAGACAGAAAUAGUUAUCAGAUUUGAAAUCGAAUAAUUAAUUGAACCAUAAUUGAAUGAAAAUUUUAUUUAUUUAGUCAAUAUUAUUGCUUAAAAAACUAUUGAUAGGUUUUUUGAAGAGAAUUAUAGAUUGAUAGAAUAAAUAUUUAAAGUUUAGUUGAAUCAAUAUAAAGAUGAUAAUAGAAUAUAUUUAUAUGGUUGGGAUCAAUUAUUAAGAAUAAUUGAAAUGCUCAUCAUUAAAAUCCCUUAAUUAAUAUUAUAUCUAAGAUAAUUGUAAGUUGAUCUACCACCAUAAUUAAUAAAUGAGAAUAAAAAAAUUACUUUUAUAGAAUUUGUAAUUAAGUAUUUGACAUGGGUUGGAGGUGAUAAAUUGGCUAACUUUAUGCACAACUAUUUAAGCGAUAUUAAUUUAUUAUCUAUAGGAUAUGGAGUCACUAUUGCUUAAGAAGUUUUACAAUUAUUAUUGAAUGAAUUAUAAUUAGAUAUUAAUUAGGAUUAGAUGCUUUAGAAAUAUUUUCACAUUAUGCAAUUAUUGAUAUUGUUUGCUUAGACUUUAACUAUGCAGAAUUGUUGCAUGAUCUUAACUGACUAAAGAUCAUAAUUGAACAUUAUUCCUUAAUUAAUAAGCACCUUGAAUACUGUUAAAAAUUGUGAAAAUAAAUAAUUUGUUAAAACAUACUAAUAAACUAUAGCCAAAGUUAUUGAACCUUUCUUAUAAUCUUAAAUAUAUUAUGAUCAUAUUAAAUAUGGAAAGUAUGGGGAUAUAUUCAGAUUAUAAUAAAGCAUUACUGAUAAUCCUUUUAAAUAUCAUUAUUUGCAUUGUCUAAAAAAUCAAUUGAUUUGUUAUUGUUUAUAUCCCAAUUUUAAGAGUGUUCCAGGAUCAGCUUAACAUUUUAUUUCUCAUUAAUAAGUGCAAUAAACUUUAAAAGAUGAACACUAAUAAGAAUUGAUAUGGCCACUCUAUCAAUCAAGAAAAAAUUACAAUAAUUAAAGGCAAAAUAAUUAAAAGCAAUAAGAAGAAGAUGUGAGUGAUUCUGAUUCAGAUUAAGAUAUUCUUUUAGUAGAUAAUAGUCAAAUCAAAUAUAAAGUAAAUUAUUCAAGUAUAAAUUCUUGGGGUUCUGAUUAUUAUUAUUAUGACAAUAAUGAUUUCAUGUCAAAAUACAGCAUGAAUAGAGAUGAUGAUAGAUUGCAACGAGAUAAUUAAUAAAAUAUAUUUUCUUAGAAAGAUCUCAAUAUUUUAUUUUGUAAAGUUGAUCCACAAAUUAUUAGUUUCACAUUACCUGCUUUAUCAAUUACAAAAUCAAAUAUUCAAUAUCAUUCCAAUGAUUAUAAAUAGUGGAUUACCUCUAUUGUUGGGUUGUAUUAUAGUUCAAAUGAAUAUUUUGAAAAUAAAAAAUCCUUGAUUUCAAAAUCAUAUGAAAAUUAACUUAAAAUCACUGUUGAAUUCAUUCAUUAGAUGAAUAGGCUAUUAUUAUCUUCAAAUUACUAUAGAAAUAAAUAAAAUGAUUAUAUGCAAUCAUAUUUAUCAUAUUAUUUGAAUGGAACACUAAAUAACCUAUAAGUUUAAGCAAGUGCUACUUGUUUCUAUUCAAAAUUUGGUUAACCUCCAAAUUAAUUAUAAUAAGAUUAUCAAGCUAAUUCAAUAUCUGUAAAUGCCAAUGAAUCAUAACAAUAAUAACAUAGAAUCUUAUGUUAAAUAUCAUGUAAUAUUCUAUAAAGCAGAGUAGUUUUAAAUGGUAUGCCAAAUGAAUUGCAAGAUUAAAAUUUACUUAAAGGAAAUCUUUAAAGAUUAUUACACCCAGAAGAACAGCUUAUAAUUCAACCAAUCAUCUUAUAAAUUCCAAAAAGAUAAUAUGUUUAACCUGAUCCAUAGUAAUUAUUAAUUUAUGAUAAUUUGGUUCUUGAAAUGUUUAUAAAUCUUUUACUAGAUGUAAAUAAUUUUCCAUAAUUUCCUUUUAAUUUAUUUAGAUAAAUUAGUAAAUGUUCUCGACUUGGAUUCAAAUUAUUGAUUUAAUUAUUACUCUUAUAUUAAGAAUAAAAAAAUAACUUAGAUUUAACUUUAAAAAUCUUAUAUCUAGUAAGUCAAAAAAUACCAUCUACUAAUCUUAGAGAUUUGUUAUCUGAAUAAUUAUAAGUGAGUCCCAUUUUAAAUAAAAGAGAAAAGGCAAAUCUCGCCAAAGUUUAAGAAAUUAAGGAACAAUUUGUAAUUGAAGAAGAAGAAAAUUUAGAUGAAUAACCUUAAGAUGAGGAUCCAGAAAAUCCACUUGUCUUUUUGAUUAAUUAAAUUAAUAUAUAUUGUGAGAAAAACAUCUCAUUCAUGAAACUCUUUCAUAAUCCAGAAUCUUAUAUACCAUUAGAAAAAAGUAAAAUUAAUAUGAUAUUUUAGAUAUACUAUUGACUCCAUUAUUAGCUAACUAAACUGGAAUGCAUUUAUCUUACUUGAUUUAAAUUAUUAAAGGUUCAUUGAUGAUUGGAAGUGAAGAUACAAAAGAUAAAAAUAAAAAAAGCGAUGAUGAUUAUCUAUUAAAAAUAUAGAGAAGAUAAGCUACAAUCUUUACAAAUAGUAUCCAAGAGGAAACUAAUAAUAAAUUAUUUGAUCUUGUCUCUUAACUCAAUAAACAUGAAGAAGAUAUUCAUUUAUAAGAAAUGAUUUUUAAAACAUUUGCAGAGAGAUAUUCAGAAAAUUCAUAAGAUCAAUGGGAACCAUAAUCCUAUUACAGUAGAUUGCCUUUUUCAUUAAGAUAAAAUGAACUAUUCUAACAAUAAUUACUAUAAUAAUAGUAAUAAUAACAAUAGUAGUAAUAAUAAUAAUAAUAACAAUAACAACAGCUAUAAUAAUAAUAAUAAUAACAAUAAUAGGAGUAAUAAUAAAGGCAUCUAUUAUAAAAUGCAAACUUAUUUUAAAAGCCAUUAUUUCCAUCAGCCAAAAAUGCAUUACCUCAAACACUCCCUACUCAAGUUCCUCCUCCAAUAACAUCUGUAUCAAUACUUUAAUAACAAAAUGAAUAAUUAUAAUAAUACUAAUAAUAAUAUCAAAAAAAUUUAUAAAACAUGCGAAAAUAGACAGCCUCUUAAGUUUAUUAUCAGUAACUUAGAUAAUUUUAUGAUUAGUAUGUUAAAAUUAAUGAUAAUUAAUAAGACAAUUUCUAGACUUAAUAAUAACACCUUAAAUAAUUUUAUGACAAUAUUUAAUUAUAGAAAUAGUAAUAAUAAGAUAAACAAUAAUAAGAGUAAUAAUAGAAUGAGAUUAAUUAAUAAUCAAUAUCUCUUGAAUAAUAAAUAUAGUAAUAAUCAGAUUAAACCUAAAAUAUAACUGAAGAAUAGAAUGAAUAAGAUUAAAAAAUAUAAUAAAGAGAGAGAAAACUUAGUGCCAAGAUCUCCCAUGUUGAAAUAGAUAUUAUAACAGCAUUGUGCAAAAUUCUUAAUAAUCCACAUCUUAGAGAUUGCAAUUCUACUGAAAUCAUUAAUAUAAUCAACACAUAUGCGAAUGAUAGAUUAAAAAUGGAGCAUGCUAUUAAUGAAUUGACAAAAUACAUAAUCUAACAAUCUAAAAUAUUCAAUUAUGAAUUAGAUAGAAAAAGAAAAUAACUUAGAGAAAUAGCAAGUUAACGAGAAAAAGUGCCUGAGCAUGAUCCUGAAAAAUAAUAAUAGUUAUCUUAAUAAGAGAAUGAAAUUAUUAAAGAACUUAAUUAGAAAACACCAGAUCCUAGCGUAAUUCAAAGAUGUUUUAUUGCUAUUAUAGGAUUUUUAAAUUUAAAUUUGAGUGCUUCAGAUUAAUAAAAAUAAUCAACAAAUAAGCCAAGUUCAACAUAAACUAGAUAAUAAAUUUAAUAAGAUAAAAAGAAAUUUAAAUUGCAUCAACAAGGAAAAUAAAUAGAUGAUAUACAAGAAGUUGAUACUUUAUCAAAAAAAGACAUUAGAAAAUAAUUCAUUAAUGUAUUAUAAACAAGAUAAACUCACCAUUUGUGGCUUAAUGUUGUAGAAACAUUAUUAUUGAUUUUUAAUUGUAAAGGUCAUAGAUCAUUAGAAUUAUUAUAGAAAAAAUUAUAUCCUCUUUUAGAAUGUUUCCUGAGACUUUAUUAAAAUGUACAUGAAGAUACAAAUAAUUAAGAUUCACUUUAAUAAGGUACUUCAGAUCCUAACUUUUUUGAACGUAAUACAAGUGGAUCGGCCACAAAUUCAUUAUAAUUUGGGUUAUUAUAAACAUAAAAUAUUCAUCUAAAACGAUCAUUUUCUGCUGUUAGAAAUGAAAAUGAAAUGUAAAUGAAAAUUGAUGAAUUAUUCACUUAUCUUUGUAUUAAUGGUAAAAGACUCAUCAAUCAUUUGAUAUAACAAAGACUUCAUUAAAUUACUAUUGAUCAUAAAUAAAAUUAGAAUUCUAAUUUAAUCAAAUUUUUUAAAGAAACUGAUCCUUUAGCUUUUGUUUUCUUCAAAAUGAGUCAAAUAAUUUCGUUUGAAAAUAAAAAACAUUUAUUUGAAUUGGAUUUAGAAGCACUUAAAAUAAGUGACAGACCUAAUGCUCGAUCAAGAGGUAGAUAAAAUGAUACUAUUGAAAUUAAUGUUGUUAGAGAAACAAGACUAUAGUAAUCUUUAGAAAAAGUUAUUAAUAUUGAUAAGAUUAAAUUUAGAAAAUGUGAUAUAAAAAUUAGAUAUCAAGGAGAAAGAGGUUAAGAUGAAGGAGGUAUUAGAAAGGAGUGGAUGACAAAUCUUGUAAAAGACAUCUUGUAAACAGAUAAAUUUGAAUUAACAACUAAGAGAUUCUACAAAAUUAAUCCAAAUAAAAAAGCAUAAGAGGAUUUGAAUCAUUAUAAACUUUUAGGUAAAAUUAUUGCGAAAAGCAUUUAUGAUGGAUUACUUUUGCCUGUAUAUUUCAUUUCUCCAAUUUUCAAGCAAAUGCUUUAGAAAAAACCUAGUUUUGAUGAUCUUGAACACUAUAAUGAAGGAUAUUAUGAUACCUUCAUUAAAUUUUUAAAUGAAGAAACAUAAGUUCAAUAUAAAGAUUUAUUCGAAUUUUGGAUUCCUGAAGAAUAUGCAAAUCUGAUAGAAUAAAAUAAAAAGUUAAUCUUUUCUGAUCUUCUAUAAGAUUAUUUAGAAAAGAAUCCUAUUGAAUUAAAAUAAGAAUAAUUAAAUGAAUAAUAAUAAUAAUAGAAUACUUAAUAGGAAGCCUAAUUAACUUAAGAAUAAGAUUAAACAAAACCAUAAAAAUAAGACCAACAGUAAGAAUAAGAAUAAGAAUAAUAAUAGUAAUAAUAAUAAUAAUAAUAAUAAUAAUAAUAAUAAUAAUAAUAAUAAUAAUAAUAAUAAUAAUAAUAAUAAUAAUAAUAAUAAUAAUAAUAGUAAUAAGAAUAAGAAUAAUAAUAAUAAUAAGAAUAAGAAUAAUAAUAGUAAUAAGAAUAAGAAUAGGAGAAAUAAUUGUAAGUAUUAUAAUAAUCUGAAUAAAAAUAUCAAGAAUAUUUAUAAAUAUUUGAAGAUAUAUAGAAAUAAUAAUUACUAAUAUAAUAAUAAUAAUAACAGUUAUUAGAUUAAUAAAUUAUCAGAGAAACAGAAGACUUAUAAUUUUUUAAAGAUAACUUUCUUUAAUAGAAAUAUGAAGACAUUUAGUAACAUGAAUCAUAAUUAGAAAUGAAUUUAGAAAAAUUCGAAUAAUAAUAAUUAAUAUUAUAUCUAUAAUAACAGUAUGAUUAAUCGCUUGUAUCUUAAUAAAUUAUAAAAGAAUAGUAAAUAGCUCAAUAAAAAAUGGAGAUAUAAUAAAAAUAAGUAGAAUCUGAAGGAAUGGUUCCACUUUUAAAGGCAGAACAAUAAAAAAGUGAAAAAGAAGAAAUAAAAAUAAAGAAAUAAUCCGAAGAUAUUACAGCUGAAGACAUGGAAAAUAGGGAAAAGAAAAGACUUAUCAGAAAGAAUAAAAAAAAAUAGUUAAAUGAUGAAGUUUUGAAACACAUUAAAUUGUAAGAUGUUUUUGAAAAAUAAACUACUAAUGUAUCAAUUAAACAUAAAAGAUUAAUUUGUGAAUAUAUUAGCAAAAGAAUUAUGUUAGAAGAGAUUAAAACUUAGUUAUAAGCAUUAAGAGAAGGCUUUUUUGAUAUUUUAUAAAAAGAGUAUUUCUCUUAUAUGGAUUGGAGAGAUCUUUAGAAAUUAAUAAUAGGAGUUCCUUCUGUUGAUGGUAUUUUAUUUUAUUAUUUAUUUUUAGUUGAUGAUUUAUAAGCGAAUACAGAAUAUAUAAAUUAUGAAAAAAAUAAUUAAACAGUCUUAUGGUUUUGGGAAGUUUUAACAACAUUAAGCGAUUCUGAAAAGGCUGAUUUCUUAAUGUUUGCAACAGGAAGUCCUUUAGUUCCAUUUGGAGGAUUUAAGAAUUUAAGAGGUCCAAAUGGUCCAAGAAAGUUCUCUAUUUCAAAAGACUUCAAUAAAGAACAUUUUAUUAAGGCUCAUGCAUGGUAUAAUUUUUAAUUAUCGUUAGCUUUAAUCGUAUUGAUUUACCAGAAUACUCAUCUAAAGAAAUAGUAAGAGAGAAAUUACUAAAAUCUUUGAAAGAAUCUGGUUCAGGAUUUGAUUUAAGUUGA